AAGGUCACGAGGCGGCGGCCAAGAAGCUCAUCGUCAAGGGCGCCGAUGUGAACGCAAAGGACAAGGAUGGUUACACACCACUUCACCUGACUGCUGGAAACGGUCACAGGGCGAUGGUGGAGAUGUUGAUAGGCAAGGGAGCCGAACCGAAUGCAAAGGCAGAUGGAGGGGAUACAGCACUACACAUUGCAGCUUCCCAAGGUCAUCUCCAUGUCCUGUUUACGCUGGUGAAACUUGGCGCCGCUACUAAAGUGAAGAACGGCCAAGGAAUGACUCCCAAGGAACUGCUGAAAGGAACUUCCACCACUGCAAAUUACGACAUGGAAAUCUUCAAAGGCAUCUCGCUGAUAGAAAUAAUGGAGAAAUACCUCGCAGCUGAAAAGGGAAAGGCCAGCCUACGGAGAGAAAACAUGUCGCUUCAGAAUAAACACAAAAAGGAACUGAAGAGCAUUAAAGAAGACCAGAGAAAGAGAGACGCUGAUUCUCAGAAAAUGAAGAAGGAAAUCGGUGCUUUGAAAGACAAGAUCAAAGCGAUUGAGGAGGAACACAAAGCAGAGCUGCGGAACGUCGCAGAAAAUCAACAAGAAAAAGAGGCGGAGAUUCUGAGGAUGCAGAAUGAAAUAGUCGGUUUAAAGGAAACAGUUGCAAGUAGAGACGAGAAGAUCAAGUCACUUGAGGUGAGAUAAAG